UGAAGUGAAAAUGAGCACUAAAUUGUGCCCUAAAAGGGGAUAUGCAUAGUUGAAAGCCAAUAAGAAAAGAGGAAAACUUCAUCUUCAAACUAGCCUCCAUAUCAUACUUGAAUCAAUGAACCUCCGCCUGAACUUCUCAAUAAAUUAUUAAUACUUUUCAGAUUUUGUUUACCUUAUAAUAUUCAAUGUUUCCCUCAAACCUUGUUCAACCACAUCCUUCAUCCAUCCAUGUAUUUCCUUCUUCCAGCUCUCUCUUUGACCUUGAAAAAGAUGGUGUUCACUUCCACCAUCACUACCACCACCACCACAACAACCAGUUUAUCAACGGAGAUUGCUUUUUCCAUGGGUAUAACACUGCUCCUCCCCCGGUCUUGACCGACAAUAUUAAAGGAUCAGGGUUUCAUUAUAGCGAUGAUCACAAUAGUCUUUUAGAGGCAGUAAUUUACCCCUCCAAGAAAAAAGUAGCAAACAUGAAGAAAGAUGGACAUAGCAAGAUCCACACUGCUCAAGGCCCUAGAGAUAGGAGGGUCAGGAUGUCCAUUGAUGUUGCAAGAAAGUUCUUUUAUCUUCAAGAUUUGCUAGGGUUUGACAAAGCAAGCAAAACCCUUGAUUGGCUCUUUACCAAGUCGAAAAUAGCAAUUAAGGAGUUGGUUGAAGAAAUGAAACAUUGUUCAUCUCCUGGUGCUACUGAUCAAUGUGAAGAUGUUUUUCAGGAAACCCUUAAAAGAUCUGGUGAAGAAUUAGAUAAAGGGGAAAAGAAGAAGUCAGCACCCAAGUUCGUUGACGCGAAAAAGAAGCGAAAAUACAGAUCUGUGGUUGAUGUGAAUCAGUCACGGGCUGAGGCGCGAGCAAGAGCUAGGGAAAGGACAAAGGAAAAAUUGCAAAGUAAAAAGCUUGAUGAUGAAUCUAAGAAAGUUCCUCAUGAAUCAAGCUUUUGGAGUCAAAUUGAAUCAAAAAAGGAGUUUAAUGAAAGGACUAAUGAGUCAAUUAUGGAACCCAAAAUUCCUAUGUCAUCUUCUGUGGUGUAUGGUUAUCAGCACAAUUUUCUUGUGCCAAACGAUUCAAGCUCUCAAAUCAAGUACACAAGUUUCCUAAACUUGCACUAGUUCAUGAGCAGCAGUGUUUAGAUUUACAAGAGAAUGUACGUUGAUUGAGAAAGUCAUUGGGUGGUUAUGGUGAUCCAGCAACGGGAUUUUGUGAUACUAAGAAUUUGUUUUAUGGAGCUGGAGUCAAAGUUGUAAGCCAAUAAUUGUUGUGACUAAAUAUUAAGGAACUCUAUUUAUUGUAAGGAUUUAACAGACGUUAUCUUUAGAUGAUCCAUAACUUUAACAUCAUAAAAUAACUUGGUUAACAAUCUGUCUUUAGAU